AUGGAAACAAGGCUAUAUUGGAUACCUGGGCAGCUAUAUCUUAUCCAGGUUAUCAUCACAAUAUUGGUCGGAGACAGUGGCGUGCGGGGCAGCCCACCGCCCCAGGGUUCGCUAACUGUGUGGCGUGCUAUGCCGGCUACAGCCAUGUUUUCCAACUUCAAGUCGCGGGUCGGCGGUGGAGGUGCACCACAGAACCUGGUCGACCACAAUCCCAUAGCCCAGCACUUCGACGUGGGCAAGGUCGCAGGAAGCGCCGGCCCGGAGCUGGUUUGGAGGGUCCAUGAUGCCUACAGGAAGAGCGAUGGAAAGGUUAGUAGUAGUAAUAAGUAA